AUGGAGGGAAUGAACAACCAGAAACUCAGCAGCGAGGCCAUGCUCGCAGAGGCCAGAGCGUUCCAGAAGGAGGUCACUCGCGGUCAGGGUCACCGAGGCAGCCACCCAGGACCGUCCUCCCAGAGGUCUGCUGCUUACGGUCCUGGUGCCCGCGCCGCAGCUGGAACUCCUCGAGGUUUUUCUCGCCAGCCUGUUUCCCAGCAGAACCUUGCCACUCCCGAGCAGUUCUUCGGUCGUCAAGGCCGCCCGCCCCCAGCGGCCCCUCAAAACCCAACCAUGCCUGCUACUCCGCAGCCCGUCUCCAGGCCUGUGGACAACUACGAGCCUAUGCAGGUUGAUCCCAACCCUGCUGCUCCCCACGAUCACAAUGGAGCUUCGCCAACUACUGGUCGUGGACUUGUUGGCUCUCGCUGGGCGACUUCGGCUCCUCCGAACAUGCCCCCUCCGCACAUGACCCCUCCGAUUACCGCACCGGUUGCUCCUGCCACUGCAUCCAUCGACGGUGGCAGGGCUGGCGCUACUAUGAACAAGGCCCCGACCCUUCCUUUUUCAUCCCAGAGGACCACUCUCGAUACCCCGGAGAUGCCCAAAGCCAGCAAGGGUCUCUUGGGCUCCAAAUGGGCGGCGACUACGUCUCCUGCCUCUCCAUCUGCGACGAACACGCAAUAUCCCGAUCCUUCCACUCUCGAGCCAGUGUAUCGCAGUGAGGACUGGCUGUCCGAUCUCUCUGCGGAGUACAAGGAGUCCUCCAUCAAUACCAGAAAUGCUUCUGAGAACCAGCCUAUUCGAAAGGCUCCACUGACCCAACCCAAUGCUGCGAAGACUGCCGCCGAGACUGCAAAGCCUCCGACCAGUGAGCCCCAGCAGCCUGCUCAGAAUCCCUCCAACUUUUCAGCGGCUUCUCAGAAUACCACCACCAGAACCUUUGCACCGCAGAAGGUAGCUGGCACCAAUUCUGGCCCCUCUUCUGAAUUUGGCCGUCCUAGCCCUUCUGCACAGUCCGCCAGCACCCAGAGCGCAAUUUUCAACGAUUCGGCGUUCAAGGAUUGGUACAACACCCAAUUCAUGCGCCCCAAGGCGAAGUGA